AUGGAAAUGAGUACUACAAUAACAAAUUUACAUUCACAUUGUCUACAUUACGAUAAUUUAAGAAGGACACCUAAUGGAUUAAUUUUCACAGAAGACCUAGCAACUGUCUAUAGUAUAUUCUUGAUCUGUAUGAAUCUUAAAUCUCAUCCUGAUGAAACAAAAGGAUUGUUUUCCGGAAUUUUCAAGAAGGUUUAUCCAUAUUCCUUCUCUAUGAAGACAGCAAUUAUAACCAUGAAACAUCUAGAGAUAAAGGCAUCCUCAAACGUCACAUGCAUUAAUCUGUCAUACCAUAUUAAAGAACCAUUAGCUAGAUAUCUUCUAAUAACCUUUAUGGAAGCAAAAUUGUUACAUACACCUGCUGAUAGAACUAGAAAUGAACCAAAAGAGAAAGUAUUGUUACAACCUACUCCAAAAGGUGUUGCUAUAUUAACUAAAUAUUGCAAAGAUAUUGGCUUGAAAAAAAUCCCAGAUAUAUUAGUAUCAGAAUUGAAUUCUAUUACACUUUUCAAUUUUGAAAGGAGCUCCAUAACUGAUUCCUUGAUUCAUAGCGAUAAACUUCUGCAUAUUUUGCUAAUAAAAAUAAUGGGUGAUGAACCAAAUAUUUGGACACCUGAUCGGAAACCAGAUAAACUACCUACUUUGUCACAGUUAUUGGAAAAUAGUAAUGAUAUUUUCACAUUUGAAAAUGUGUUUGAUUAUUUUCAUAAGAAAUUUCUUGAACAUCCUAAUCAUACUUCUUUUAAUCAAUUGAAAACAAAUAUUAAAGAUAGUAUAGAAAAAAAAGAUGAAAAAUAUACAGUUAGGGUCAAUACAUUGAAUAAUGAUGAUAUUGAUAGUACAUUUAGUCACAAUAAUAAAGCUAACUGGUUUGAACAAAUUCCAGAAUCUAUAUUAAAUGAUACAGAUAGAAAAUCUCCAUUAUCUCAUAAAUAUUUCACAAAUCCAGACUCAGACGCUCAUGUCCAAUAUUACGCAUCGGAUACCAAUUUAAGAUUAUUUUACAAUAGACAAUUUAUGAAUCCAAAUAUCAAUGUCAAAUAUUGCUUCACAUCCAAAGUACUCUGGCAGUGGCUUAUGGAUUGUACUAAUAUAAUGUAUCCAGGAGAAGCUAUUGCUCUUUCUGCAUUAUUUUUAAAAUUAGGAUUGAUUUGUCCGAUUGUUGGUAAACCAUCUAACGCUAAAAGUGGUAAGUUUUGUAUCAGUCGAUCUUCAUUUUUUACCUUAUCAACUAGAGGUUGGAAUAUAAUUAAUUGGGAUAAUUGUUAUAAAAAAUGUCAAGAUUCUAAUGCAUUAGUUACAAAUGAUAAUAAUAAAGAUUGUAAUGAUGAUAACAAAGACUACAAUGAGAGUGAUAAUGAUUCAAGUGGAAUUCAUGUUAAGGGAAAAGUUGUUGAAAUCGAGAUUAAUUCUGUAGAGUCUAUUAAGACAGUACAAGCAAGUAUUCAAGAUACUAUAAAUCAAGAUAAAUGUAGUGAUUUACCUAAUUUAGAAGAUAUUCUAUCUGAUCCUGGAAUGAGGUAUUUAUUUAGAAAACACUUAGAAAGAGAAUUUUGUGUAGAGAACUUGGAUGUGUAUUUAAUGAUCAGAAAAUUCUUGAAAAGAAUGACAAUCCUAAAAAAAUAUAUCGAUGACAUUGGUUUUAAACCUAUCUAUAAAUAUAAACAAAGAUCUGUCCAUUAUCAAAAGAUAAUAGCUACUAGAGAUUCUGCAUUAUACCAACAAGCUAACGAAUGUUUAGAAAUAGCAUUUCAAAUAUAUUCUUGUUUCAUUAUGAAAGGCGCGCCAUAUCAGUUGAAUUUAGACCAUAAAUUGAGAGAAGAAAUAAGUUUAGUGAUCUUGAGUCCACAUUCCCCUAUAAAAGAAUAUUUUAAUAUAGAAGAGGGAGCUGUUAACACUCUUACUCAAAAUAAUCUCGGAAAUGGAAAAAAUAUAUCAGAGUAUGGAUUAAUUGAAAAAUCCAUGGACACUGUAAAGGACCCAAGAGGCAAUAGGUAUGAUGACAAAAUUUCAAGAAUUUUAUUAAUCUUGAAAGAAUUAUAUCCACUUUUUGAAGAAGUCAGUAUUAUUAUAUAUAGAUUAAUGGAGAUAGACUCGUUAUCGAAAUUCUAUAACUCUAAGGAAUUUGGAAAGCUCAAAUAA